CCCCCCGCCACAUGGCGCGGGAGGAGCCGCCCGGCGGCGGGCGCAGGCGCCGCAGCGGUCGCUUCAGCGCCAUGGUCCGCGGGGCGCCGGCGGCGGUGCUUGGCGCUGUCGCUUGUCUUUGCCUCCUGGCCCCGGCGGCCGAGAGCUUCAAGAAGAGGGGACCCAGCGUGACAGCCAAGGUGUUCUUUGACGUGAAGAUUGGAGACAAAGAUGUUGGCAGAAUUGUAAUUGGAUUGUUUGGAAAAGUUGUCCCAAAGACUGUGGAGAACUUCAUUACGCUGGCAACUGGAGAAAGAGGAUAUGGAUACAAAGGAAGUAAAUUUCAUCGUGUGAUCAAAGACUUCAUGAUUCAAGGGGGAGACUUUACAGCUGGAGAUGGAUCAGGAGGAAGAAGCAUCUAUGGGGAAAAGUUUCCAGAUGAGAACUUCAAGCUUAAACACUACGGAAUUGGAUGGGUUAGCAUGGCUAAUUCUGGUCCAGACACCAAUGGAUCCCAGUUCUUUAUCAGUGUGACAAAGCCUUCCUGGUUAGAUGGAAAACAUGUAGUGUUUGGCAAAGUCCUUGAUGGAAUGUCUGUGGUGCACUCGAUAGAACUCCAGCAGACAGAUGAACACGACCGGCCCCUUCAAGACUGUGUGAUUGUGAACAGUGGCAAAAUAGCUGUAAAAGAACCAUUUGUAGUUGAAGUAGGUGACUGGUGAGACCAACAGUCAGAAUGGAAAGUAAAACUUACCACGUCUCUUUAAGGCUUGUUUUUGACUGAUCUCAAUCAUCUAUUGAGUUUUCUGCUCAAAAUAUAUCAGGCUGUAUUAGGUAAUACUUAUAUUUGCCAAACACAUAAAAGAUACGAGCAUUUAUAUAACAAUUUUAUGGAGCUGUCCCUCCUUGAAGUUCAUGACAUAUCUCAUUAAAUUGCAGAAAAAGUCUUUAAUGAAAAAUUUUAGAUGCAUUUCUAUUUUUUCAAGGUCUGAAAUAAAGUCACUUUGUUAUUUUUGGAAAUUUUUGCAGCGUUUCCACCUUUUCAACUGAAAAUAUUAUUUUCUGUAACAGUAUCAGCAUUUCUAAAAUUGAAAAAAAAACAACCAAAAACGUGUUUUUAAUAAACUAACUUUGAUUUCAAAUAAAGACUUAAUGAAAA